AUGCCGCCACGGUCCCGCGCCGCGGCACCGAGGCUCGCGUUUCUCGUGCCCCUCGCCUGCGCGUUGCUGCUGGUGUCACCGUGCCACUGCGUCAACGAGCAGGGCCAGGCGCUGCUGCGAUGGAAAGACAUGCUGCGGCCGGCGAGCGGUGCGCUGGCGUCGUGGCGCGCCGCGGACGCGAAUCCGUGUCGGUGGACCGGCGUGUCGUGCAACGCGCGCGGCGACGUCGUCGGACUGAGCAUCACAUCGGUCGACCUGCAGGGUCCACUCCCAGCCAACCUGCAGCCGCUUGCGGCGUCGCUGAAGACGCUGGAGCUCUCUGGCACGAACCUCACCGGCGCGAUACCGAAGGAGAUGGGCGGGUACGGCGAGCUGACCACCCUUGACCUUAGCAAGAACCAGCUCACCGGCGCGAUCCCCGCCGACCUGUGCCGUCUCGCCAAGCUUGAGUCGCUCGCGCUCAACUCCAACUCCCUGCGCGGAGCCAUCCCGGACGACAUCGGCAACCUCACCAGCCUGGCGUACCUGACGCUCUACGACAACGAGCUCAGUGGGCCGAUCCCACCCAGCAUCGGCAACCUGAAGAAGCUGCAGGUGCUCCGCGCCGGCGGGAACCAGGGGAUGAAGGGUCCGCUGCCGCCGGAGAUCGGCGGAUGCAGUGACCUCACCAUGCUCGGGCUCGUGGAGACUGGCGUCUCAGGGAGCCUCCCGGAGACGAUCGGGCAGCUCAAGAAGAUCCAGACCAUUGCCAUCUACACCACUCUGCUCUCCGGCCGUAUCCCGGAGUCCAUCGGCAACUGCACCGAGCUCACCAGCCUGUACCUGUACCAGAAUUCUCUCUCUGGGCCGAUACCGGCGCAGCUCGGCCAGCUCAAGAACCUCCAGACGCUGCUUCUGUGGCAGAACCAGCUCGUCGGCGCAAUUCCCCCGGAACUGGGACAGUGCAAGGAGCUCACGCUCAUUGACCUGUCGCUGAAUUCGCUGACCGGGAGCAUUCCGGCGAGUCUGGGCGGGCUACCGAAUCUCCAGCAGCUGCAGCUGAGCACGAACCAGCUGACCGGCACCAUUCCGCCGGAGCUCUCCAACUGCACGUCGCUGACGGACAUCGAGGUCGACAACAACUUGCUGUCCGGGGAGAUCAGCAUCGACUUCCCGAGACUGCGCAACCUCACCCUGUUCUAUGCGUGGAAGAACCGGCUCACGGGCGGCGUGCCGGCGACCCUCGCCGAGGCCCCGAGCCUGCAGGCGGUUGACCUGUCGUACAACAACCUCACCGGCCCCAUCCCCAAGGCGCUGUUCGGGCUCCAGAACUUGACCAAGCUGCUGCUUCUGAACAACGAGCUGUCCGGGCUCAUACCGCCGGAGAUUGGUAAUUGCACCAACCUGUACCGACUCCGGCUCAAUGGCAACCGGCUGUCCGGCACGAUUCCCGCCGAGAUCGGCAACCUCAAGAACCUAAACUUCCUCGACAUGAGUGAGAACCACCUCGUCGGCCCUGUGCCAGCGGCCAUUUCGGGGUGCGCCAGCCUCGAGUUUCUCGACCUGCACUCCAAUGCUCUGUCCGGCGCAUUGCCGGACUCGUUGCCACGCAGUCUUCAGCUCAUUGACGUCUCCGACAACCAGCUCGCCGGACCAUUGAGCUCCAGCAUCGGGUCCAUGCCGGAGCUGACGAAGCUGUACGUGGGAAACAACCGGCUGACCGGCAGCAUACCGCCGGAGCUCGGUUCGUGCGAGAAGCUCCAGCUGCUGGACCUCGGCGGCAACGCGUUCUCCGGUGGCAUCCCAUCGGAGCUCGGGAUGCUACCGUCAUUGGAGAUUUCGCUCAACCUUAGCAGCAACAGGCUUUCAGGGGAGAUACCGUCGCAGUUUGCCGGCCUUGACAAGCUCGGCAGCCUCGACCUGUCGCACAACGAGCUCUCCGGGAGCCUUGAGCCGCUCGCGGCGCUACAGAACCUCGUCACACUCAACAUCUCCUACAAUGCCUUCGCUGGCGAGCUCCCGAACACUCCGUUCUUCCAGAAGCUGCCCCUCAGCGACCUAGCCGGCAACCGCCAUCUCGUCGUCGGCGACGGCUCUGACGAGUCCUCCAGGCGUGGUGCCAUCUCGUCAUUGAAGAUAGCCAUGUCCGUCCUCGCCGCAGUCAGCGCGCUGCUCCUGAAGCUCGACAUCACCAUGGACGACGUGCUCCGGGGGCUGACGUCCGCGAACAUGAUCGGCACCGGCAGCUCGGGGGCCGUGUACAAGGUGGACACCCCCAACGGGUACACCCUCGCCGUGAAGAAGAUGUGGUCGUCGGACGAGGCGACGUCGGUGGCGUUCCGCAGCGAGAUCGCGGCGCUGGGCUCCAUCCGCCACCGCAACAUCGUGCGGCUCCUCAGGUGGGCCGCGAACGGCGGCACCUGGCUUCUCUUCUACGGCUACCUCCCCAACGGCAGCCUGAGCGGCCUCCUGCACGGCGGCCACGCCGCCAAGGGCUCGCCCGCGGACGAGUGGGGCGCUCGCUACGAGAUCGCGCUCGGCGUCGCCCACGCCGUGGCGUACCUGCACCACGACUGCGUGCCGGCCAUCCUGCACGGCGACGUCAAGUCCAUGAACGUGCUGCUCGGCCCGGCCUACGAGCCGUACCUCGCCGAUUUCGGCCUCGCCCGCGUCCUGGACGCCGCGAGCUCCAAGCUCGACACCGGCAAGCAGCCCCGCAUCGCCGGCUCGUACGGCUAUAUGGCACCAGAGUACGCGUCGAUGCAGCGGAUCAGCGAGAAGAGCGACGUGUACAGCUUCGGCGUGGUGGUGCUGGAGAUCCUGACGGGGCGGCACCCGCUGGACCCGACGCUGUCGGGUGGCGCGCACCUGGUGCAGUGGGUGCGCGAGCACGUGCAGGCGAAGCGCGAAGCGGCCGAGCUCCUGGACGCGCGGCUGCGGGCCAGGGCGGCCGAGGCGGACGUGCACGAGAUGCGGCAGGUGCUGUCCGUGGGCGUGCUCUGCGUGUCGCGCCGCGCGGACGACCGGCCCGCGAUGAAGGACGUGGUGGCGCUGCUCAAGGAGAUCCGGCGCCCCGCGGCGGCGGACGACGUGAAGCAGCCGUCACCCACGGGCGCCGCCGCCACGCCCGCGCCGGUGUAG